AUGAGCCAGAAGGAAGAAGAAAUGGAGGGUAGCUCCCCGACACUCUGUGUCACCUGCGGCCAAGCACAUUUACCAGAAGAAAACCACUUGUACAGCUACACCGAAGAAGUAGAUGAUGAUCUGAUAUGCCACAUUUGCCUGCAACCUUUGCUUCAGCCGUUAGACACGCUCUGUGGUCACACCUUCUGCGCAGCUUGCCUUACGAACUUCCUUGUGGAAAAAGACUUCUGCCCCAUGGACCGCAAGCUUGUGAUUCUCCAGACGUGCAGAAAGUCCAGCAUACUAGUGAAUAACCUCCUGGACAAGCUAAUGGUUAGCUGCCCUUUCACAGAACACUGCUCAGAGGUCGUGCAACGCGGUCACCUUGAACAGCAUUUCCAAACCCAAUGUAAAGGAGCAUCCCACUAUGGCCUUACCAAGGAACGGAAGAGGCGUUCCCAAGACUGCUCUCCAGACCAUGGCUCCAGUUUAGCAGUAGCUGCCCUGGGCCCCGAGCUCUCCUCAGCUGCAGCCAUUGCCUUAAUGACAGACGAGCCGGGGCUGGUGAACCCGGCCUUCAGCCCCACCUCGGAGGACAGCCAGUUGGGCAGCAGCCCCGGAGACCUGCAUCGCGGCAACCGAAACAGAACUCGACACUUUGAACGCUCCACUAUAAGAAGCAGAUCUUUUAAAAAAAUAAACAAGGCAUUCAGUGUUCUUCGAAGGACAAAAAGUGGAAGCGCCGUUUCCAACCAGGCUGACCGGGAAAGAGAAACUGUUGGAAACUCUGCUGCUGGAGAGGAAGGUUUUCCCAGGUUGUAUCACCUGAUUCCAGAUGGAGAAAUUACCUGCAUUAAGAUCAACCGUACCGAUCCCCAGGAAAACCUGGCCAUUAGGAUUGUGGGAGGCAGUGAGACUCCUUUGGUUCACAUUAUUAUACAGCAUAUUUAUCGAGAUGGGGUAAUUGCCAGAGAUGGAAGAUUGCUGCCUGGAGACAUGAUACUAAAGGUAAAUGGCAUGGACAUCAAAAAUGUGCCUCACAACUAUGCCCUAUCACUCCUGACGCAACCCUGCCACGUACUCCGACUGACGGUGCUCCGAGAGCAGAGGUACCGAUGCCGAAACAGCGGACUUUCCCUUGAUGCUCACUGCAAUAGGGACAACAGUUUCCAUGUUGUGCUAAACAAAAGCAGUCCGGACGAGCAGCUGGGAAUAAAGCUGGUCCGCAAGGCCGAUGAACCGGGGGUGUUUAUUUUCAACUUGCUGGAAGGCGGCGUGGCUGCCCGUGAUGGACAGCUUCAAGAGAACGACCGGGUGUUGGCCAUCAAUGGGCAUGACCAUCGGUACGGCAGUCCAGAGAGCGCAGCCCAGCUGAUACAGGCCAGCGAGAAGCAGGUUCACUUCGUCGUGUCGCGGCAGACCAGGCAGCAGACCCCCGACCUCUUGCAGGAGACGGGCUGGAGUUACGGCCGCGGCAGCCCCCAGCCCUGUCCCACCGAAAGAAACAACCCCGGCAAGAGCACCCUUCACACCGUCACCUGUCACGAGAAGGUGGUGGCUGUCCGGAAAGAUCACACAGAAUCGCUAGGAAUGACUGUAGCAGGAGGAGCAUCUAACCGGGAAUGGGAUUUGCCUAUCUAUGUGAUAAGUGUCGAACCUGGAGGAGUUAUCAGCAGAGACAGCAGGAUAAAAACAGGUGACAUCCUCCUGAACGUGAAUGGGAUUGACCUGACGGGGGUCAGCCGGAGCGAGGCCGUCGCCCUGCUGAAAAACACCAACUCGUCGGUGGUGCUCAAAGCCCUGGAGAUGAGAGCGUGCGAAGCCCAGGAGGAGCAGGGCCACCUGCCACCCCCUGAGGCCACGCAGGCGGCCCCCGAGAGCAGCGAGUGGUCACCUUCCUGGGUUAUGUGGCUGGGGCUGCCACGGUAUUUGUACAGCUGCAAAGAAAUUGUAUUACGAAGAAAUACAUCUGGAAGUCUUGGCUUCAGCAUCGUAGGAGGUUAUGAAGAACAUACUGGAAAUAAACCAUUCUUUAUCAAAUCCAUUGUUGGGGGAACACCAGCAUAUAAUGAUGGCAGAAUUAGAUGCGGCGACAUCCUCCUUGCUGUCAAUGGCAGGAACACAUCAGGAAUGAUGCAUGCCUGCUUGGCAAGGAUGCUCAAAGAACUGAAAGGAAAAAUUACUCUCACAAUUGUGUCCUGGCCUGGCACUUUUUUAUAAAACAAGGCUUCAUGGAGAGUAUGACAAGUAAUUUAACACAGAAAAAAAAAAACAAAGGACCAUUAGUCUUUGCUUUUUUGGGGGGCCACGGAUGUGUUUAUAAAGAAAAGGUUUGUGAAAUUUCAACCUGCAUGUCAAGAAAAGUCAAGUUUAGGCAAAGCAGGAACACCUGUCAGAAAAUCACUUCAGAGUGAUUUAAGCUACAGACUUAAGUCUUUCCUUCCCUGUGUUCUUAAGGUUUUUUUUGUUUUGGGAUUUUUUUAAUAUAUAUAUAUUUAAUGUAUUAUAAUAAUAAUGAAAUUUAAGGAGCAGCAGCUCCUCCUCAUUCACUUUAUUUUGAUUUACAAAAAGAAAUCCUUGAAUAACUUAUUGAAAAACUUCUUGCAAUUUUUCUAGUUGCAAAAAUCAGGUGAAGGUUUUUAUCCAACACAUUAAUAGCACUUUGAUUAUGUGUACCUUUUCAUGGUCAGCAUGAAGCUGGUUAUUUUCAAGACUUUCAAGUACUGUUUGUUAGUCUGUAAACUGUGAAUUAAAUUUCUAAAAUAAUUAAAAAUAACUGUAACUGU